AUGGCUGACGAGGGCGAGCCCUGGCUGGCAACCCGCACGGGGGCUGCGCCUGAGAGCGGCGCCCUGCUCCGGGAAGUGCCGGGGGCCGAGGCCGGGGCCGGACCUGCCCGCCCACUGCAGGAGGCAGUGAUCACGCGGUGGGGAGGGGGAAGAAUCAC